UGUUUUACCCGAGAUUGAGAGCGAGACGGCUGCUCGGUACAGUACUGUCAAGUGUCAGUACAUUUUCAAGUUCAAGAUUAUCGUAGAUCUACGUGUGCUUGUACACGUAAGCUAGCUAGCUGCACCUCCGCUACUCCCUCAACUCUCAAAUACCCAACGUCCCAAGUGAAGUUUGCCUAUCGAACGUUUUUCACCGCAACCCGUAGCGGACCUAGGCUGCAUGUAGAGUUUCAUACUGUGAUAGAGUGCCGGUGUAUUGGUGCCCUGCUGUAUUCCGACCUCGGCGGCACCAUCCUUUGACCAUGUCAACCAGAGCUAACACUAACAGGAGAAAGGUCCAGGCCUGCUCCCGUUUCGAAGGCAGCAUUUGGCGACCUCUGGUUUGCCGUAGGUGCUUCGCCAAUAAGUCCGAACACGACGCGCCAGGCGCGCAGUCAGGCUCACAGUCGUCUCCAGGAAACGACCUAACGCCGAGCGCCAGGAAGAAGGCGUCGUUGACUGCUACUCGCAGUGUUGGUCUGACCAGCCAGGAAGGACACGGGAACUCGCACAGCGCCAGCGAAGCGGAGCCUGGAAAGUGGAGACGCUCCGGGUCAGUCAUCAUGACAUCCGGAACUCGACAUGUCGUGCGGGCGGAGAAAAAAUCUUCUCCGGGCAGUGGCAGUCGUUUUGCACGUGCUGAAGUGGUGGUUGUUGGUAGCAAUGGCACUAAUGGAGCCCAGGCACCGUCCAGCAACCCUGUUGCCAUUGUCACCAGUGCAGUCCAGUUCGUGGCUAAGCCGAGUAGCGCUGAGCAAGGCGAGGCGGCACCCAGUGUUGCUGCAAAGUCUCCUCCCCAGUCACCACUGGACAGUCCCUGCUCUCCGCUGGACCCAAGGCCAGUGUCCAGUACAGCGCUGAGUGACUCGAGUGGCCAAGAUGGUGGGAUAUCCUCCCUGUCAUCUGAUUCUAACCAGAGCACGCUGGUCAAGGGUUCUGACGAGCAUAAAAGAUUUCAGGAGUGUAAUGGAGAGGAGACUAGUCCUGAGAGUGGCCUCCGGUUGGAACAAGCAGAACAGCCUGUAGAGCGGCAGCAUAGCACCGAUCAAGAAGACGUGUCGCAUCCAGCACGGAGGAGCAGCAUUGUAUCUCACUCCCGCAUGGCCUCUGAGGAGAUGGAAGGUGGCGGUGCGGCCCGCUCUCGCCGCAACUCGGCGUGCAAUGGAGUACCGGUGACGCCGAGCAAUGCAUUCAGCCGCCAGAAUAGCGUAGCAUCCAUGUCAACAGAAGCACUGGACCAGACAAGAGAACCUCCGCGUCGUCCAUCAUCACAGGAGUCGGCUGGCAGUCAAGAAAGCGAUACAGCAGCGAGCAUGAGUGCGCUCGGCACCAGCAUUGACAAUCUCCUCGCCCAGUUGCAAAAUCCCAAGUCAAGCAGCACACCGACACCAGCGGCGACUGCUGGUGUGGCGGCUGCACGGCCUGGACAACGGUUUGGCAACAACCACCGCUAUUCACCACAUCACCAGUAUCGACUGCCAAGAGAUAAUCGACGGCAGGGUUUCAACAAGACCACAUCGGCCGGAGAGUUGACAAACGGCUCGUCCAGGUCCAGCAGAAAAGACCACCAGUUCCGACGAAGCAUGACCGACGGGCCGUCGAAUCUCCUCAAGCCCAAGAAAGAUCUAUCCAUGUCGGAUGCCAAUAUGUCCUCUCCGCAAUCACUUCCGGCAGCUUCGUUGACGUCAAGCGAAUGCAAUGGAAGUGAUUCUUGUACGUCGCCAACCCUGCCAGAUGCACAGUCUCCGCAGCCUAGCACUGAUGAAAGCACAACUCCGGUCAAGACGCACGAUGCAUCCGUGAUGAAGUUUAUAGUUUCACAGCUGGAGCACAUUUCCGCUUCGUGGAAGGAGUCUGAUCGUCACGUGGAUGACCUGCGUGCCAUGUCGCUGGCGGACUAUCGGCUUGUGGAGGACAUGGCAGCUGACUGGUGUGAUGGCACAGCCGCCACACCUCUCUGGCAGGUAAAUGACCCGGCUACGACGGGGGCAGCGACGGCGGGGAGCGGUGGUGACGAUAGCACGGGUGAAGCAACGCUGCCUGUAGUCUGCAUCCGGCCCGGCCUGAAGCAGCCCGGUCGCAUCUACGGCAUGCGAGUGCGAGCAGCCCGGACCGGCAGGGACGCGGACGUUUCGCGGGACGCUCGCUUCAAGACCAACUACAGGGUGCUGGAGCGCAUUCGGCCGCAUGCCAACGUCCUGCGUGUGCUGGCACAUUUCCGAGACAGUGUACCGGCCCCUAGUGGCAGCAGCUCGGCAAGUAGCUCACCGCAAGCCAUCUUUGUCGUCAACAACCACCUGCCUCUUCUGAAUUGUCGGCAGUAUAUUCCCAAAUGCAAGGAGAUGCUAUCGAAGGAGGGCUACGAGAGGUGUGUGGCACUUCUCCUGUACCAGCUGUUCGAUGGCCUUCACCAUCUUCACCGCGAGGGCGCUAUUCACUGCAACCUGGCUCUGGAUAACCUGCUGGUCGUGCCGACGUCGCAUCCCGGCGGUGGAGAUCGGCUCGUCAUAUCCGCGUUCGGCGAUUCUAUCUACUACUCCACACCUCCCGAGCAGUUCACUGUGCUGACAGAGCAGGCAGCCGGUAUGUUGGACAAUGGCAGAGGGUGGAAAACACGCUGUCAGCCGCCGGAAUUGCUGAUGGCACAGCGUGAGGUGAAGGAGGGCAGGAAAGAGCAGCUGAUUGACCUGCGCCAUUGCGACGUCUACCGGUCUGGACAGAUCCUGUAUCAGAUGCUCGGGUUGGAGAGCGAUAUCAAUGACUAUGUGAAGCGUUUCAGCAAGAAAGUUCAGGAGGUUGGACUCAAGGCUGGCCUUGAGGAUACCAACAUCCAGCCGCCAAGCAUUCCCAUCAUCUCUUGCUUCUCCGAACCUCUUGCUAAUCUAGCAGGGCAGAUGAUCAACAAGGACCCAGCAAAACGAUUGGAACCGAAAGCGGUAUUGGAUGCUGUUGGCUGCAUUCUCUGGGGUCCGACAACAAGCCGUGGCAGCCUAGGACUGGACCAGAGAUCUAGUGCCAGUGGCUGGCUUAGAAAACGACAGCUUGAGGUGCUGGGUGGUUUUGCAGGUGCUUACGCCAGCCCGACAGCAGGACAACAGCAGCAACCGACAACUGGUGGUUUUGCCUUGGCUGACGAGCUGCAAUGCGGGUACCUUGUGAAGGCCACGGCUGGUAGUAUCCAGCGCAGUCUCAAGUGCCUUCAGCAAGAAGUUGAGUAGAGGCAUGAACCCGAGCCCCGACUAUUGAAUCCAUCUUGAAUCCUAACACAAACCUUGAGUCCAACAAGGAUAGCUGUCAUAGCUCAGCAAAAUGAAAGCGAAGACAGCAGCACUAUUUAUUCUACUCAAACUGUCCUGACCUGAAAAUGAGAUUGGUCCUUGAGCAUAUAUUAUUUGAUUUCAUUAGCUUUGGAAUAGUUAUGUGGUGCUAGAGAUUAGAGUCGUGGUACUAUAGCUAACACUAUGAACAGACGACGUAACAAAGUAUCUUCUUUGUAAAGUACGGAUUUCGCAACUUAAGUAGUUUUAAAUUUGAAACCCAUUUUAAUAGUAUCCAAUACAGCACAUUUUUAAUUUUUUUAAUUUAAUCCUUGGCUCUCCAUCCGAGUCAAUACAGAACAGGACAGGAUUACUAGUACUAAGUUUGUAGCCGUCGA